CUAAAAAACACCAAUCACCAUGCCAAAAAUAAGCCGGGUAUUUAUUAGACUGGAUGGCGAAAAGGAAGUAUACAGACAUGGCGAAAUGGUACAGGGUACUGUUAGUCUAGAAGUUGCUGAAAGUUUUCAGAUCAGAUCUGUACGAAUAUUCCGUUACGGCGAAGCUUUAACGAAGUGGGAUCCUCUGUUUGAAAAGAAAGUGAACGUAGCGAAAGAGAGAUAUCUUGGACACUAUGUGACUUUAUUUGGAAAUAAAGCUGGCGAGAAUUCCAAACCUUACGUUACCCUUGCUGCUGGAAAACAAAAUUAUAAAUUCUCAUUUCGCUUACCAAGUAAUGGCCUUGCAUCGUCAUUUGAAGGAGACAAUGGAGCUGUUAGAUAUUGGUUAACAGUUGUGGUUGCUACACCGACCUUUAGUUUUGAUCAGAAAUGGUAUAGAUGUAUAACAGUAUUAGAAGAAAUAGAUGUUAAUAAACCUGUGUAUAAAGUUCCAGUUCGUCGUGGUCAAGAAAAAACUGUCUCCAAGGCAUUGGGUUUAGGCAAUGCUGGAACGUUGGUUUUAAAUGCUGAAUGCGACAGAAAAGCUUAUUGCCCGGGUGAAAAAAUAGCACUUAAUGUUUUAGUUAAAAAUAAUACGACAAAAGAUAUGGGUAAAUUGAAAGCGAGGAUAAGCCAGAAUUCUGUAUUUAAAGCCAAUGGUGAGAGUGUGAGCUCCGACACGCAUAUACGUAUUAUAGAAGGAGAAUCGUCUAUAGGAGCCGGACAAGAAAGGAAGUGGGAAAAUCAAUUGUUGGUAGUGGACGCUCUUCCACCAAGUUCAACAAAUAUAUCCUGUCAUAUCAUAGAAGUUAGGUAUUAUGUUAAGGUUUGGGUGGAGGUUCCAUGGGGCACAGAUCUAUCUGUAACUCUACCAAUAAUUAUUGGAACUGUUCCACUUAAACAGAACACUCCAUCACAACCAGUAGGAGCUGCGUCCAAUGCGCUCGAAAUCGACACGUCUAAAGCAUUAUGUUAUUCAAAGUGUAAUCAUGGUGUUAGCCACUGUGGUAGGAGCGAUGGAGUUUUUCCAAACCUAAAUUAUGUUCCAAUGUGUACUUAUGUGCCUAAUUAUCAAUUUUCGUCAUUGGCUGCUGCUCAACUGACACCAAAAGCUAUCAUAAAAGGCAAGAUACCACCUGCCUACAAAUCUGUUCCCACCGUUUCCACAACAGCUUCUAAUGUACCAGUUAACAGCAGUGUAAUGCCAGUUCUUCCUCCAUCUUAUGAAGAAGUUCUUCAAAUGAACAGUCAAAAAGCCAAGCCUGAAGCAGCAGUAGUUUGUGAGCUCCCAAAAUCAGAUCAAUUCGGUCUGUUCAUCAGAUUUCAAGAUUCUUACAUCGCUGAAUUCAGAUCUUAUAUUAUGCAAAACAGACAAUAUUUGAAGGAAAGGGAAGGAGAGUUACUUGCCCUUUCUGUCCAGCCGAUUUCAGAGCCAGGAAUCUGGCCAGAACAAACUUCAAUAGCUAUUUUCGUAUUUGCGUCUGCGGAAAAGGCCUCGGAUUGGUUUAAAACAGCGCCUGGUAUCAAUGAAACCUCGUGGAUGAAAUCAUGUGACGCAGCGACUUUAAAAAUGAAUGAACUUCAUAACAGAGGUAAGUAG